CGGCGAGCGGCCGGGCGCACGGACUGACGGACUGACGGACACGCGCGCAGGCCGCGCUUCUGGGCGACUCGGGCACCGGGCGUCGACGGCCGGCCCCAGCCUUCCCCGCCCCGUCGCGCCGCCCCGUCCCGUCCGGGCCGAUGGCUCCUCCGGAACCCCGCCGCCCGGGGGGCGCAGGGUAGAGCGCCGCGGCCCGGCCACAGCGCCCGGCGACUCCCGGAGCCCCGCGGAGCCCUCGCAGUCCGUCUGACGGGCUCGGGGAGUGAGCGGGAGCGCCCUCCCCCAGGCGCCCCCUCCCCCGAGCGGCGAGACAAGAUGCUGCCCGGGCUCCAGCGCCUGCUGCAAGGUCCUGCCUCAGCCUGCCUCCUGCUGAUGCUCCUGGCCCUGCCCCCCGCAGCCCCCAGCUGCCCUAUGCUCUGUACCUGCUACUCAUCCCCGCCCACUGUCAGCUGCCAGGCCAACAACUUCUCCUCGGUGCCGCUGUCCCUGCCACCCAGCACGCAGCGACUCUUCCUGCAGAACAACCUCAUCCGCACGCUGCGGCCUGGCACCUUCGGGCCCAACCUGCUCACCCUGUGGCUCUUCUCCAACAACCUCUCCACCAUCUACCCGGGCACCUUCCGCCACCUGCAGGCGCUGGAGGAGCUAGACCUUGGUGACAACCGGCAUCUGCGCUCUCUGGAGCCCGACACCUUCCAGGGCCUGGAGCGGCUGCAGUCCCUGCAUCUGUACCGCUGCCAGCUCAGCAGCCUGCCCGGCAACAUCUUCCGUGGCCUUGUUAGCCUGCAGUACCUCUACCUCCAGGAGAACAGCCUGCUCCACCUCCAGGAUGACCUGUUUGCAGACUUGGCCAACCUGAGCCACCUCUUCCUCCACGGGAACCGCCUGCGGCUGCUCACGGAGCACGUGUUCCGCGGUCUGGGCAGCCUGGACCGGCUGCUGCUGCACGGGAACCGGCUGCAGGGCGUGCACCGCGCGGCCUUCCGCGGCCUCAGCCGCCUCACCAUCCUCUACCUGUUCAACAACAGCCUGGCCUCGCUCCCUGGCGAGGCGCUCGCCGACCUGCCCUCGCUCGAGUUUCUCCGGCUCAACGCCAACCCUUGGGCGUGCGACUGCCGCGCGCGGCCGCUCUGGGCCUGGUUCCAGCGCGCGCGCGUGUCCAGCUCCGACGUGACGUGCGCCACGCCGCCGGAGCGCCAGGGCCGCGACCUGCGCACCCUCCGCGAGGCCGACUUCCACGCCUGCCCGCCGGCGGUGCCCACGCGGCCAGGCAGCCGCGCCCGCGGCAACAGCUCAUCUAACCACCUGUACGGGGUGGCGGAGGCCGGGGCGCCCCCCGCUGACCCGUCCACCCUCUACCGAGACCUGCCCGCGGAGGACCCGCGGGGGCGCCAGGGCGGAGACGCGCCCACGGAGGACGACUACUGGGGGGGCUACGGGGGCGAGGACCAGCGGGGCGAGCAGAAGUGCCCCGGCGCGGCCUGCCAGGCGCCGCCGGACUCCCGCGGCCCUGCGCUCGCGGCCGGGCUCCCCACCCCUCUGCUCUGCCUCCUGCUUCUGGCGCCCCAUCACCUCUGACUGUGUUGCUGAGACUGAAGAGCCCGGGGUGGGCGUCUCCGGAGCUAGGGCUCUGACCCCAGCCCCCGCCCCUGGUUUUGCUGUCUUCCGUUCCCCUCCCAACCAACUCCUCUCGCACCCAGGAACCAGGCCGCCUCUUCUGCCUCCCGGGCUGCUCUGAUUGAUGGCAGCCGCAGGAGGGCGUGUCUGGUGGCUCGGCCUUUCCCCAACUCUGGCCACUAACUCUUCCCCACUUGAAGACUGAGGUGGGGCGCCCCGGGAGGCCGCUGAUCCAGCUCUCAAGGCCCACGGCGAACUAAGGAGUUUUAUCUGCAGAGCAUCUUCCUCCGCGGAGCCUUUGGACAGCUCCGGAAGAAGCCCCACCCAGGAGCCGUCUGGAGGGAUGCCUCUAUGGGGGCCAGGCUGACCCUCCAGCCCUGCUCAUCCUAGCCUCUUCAACCUCCCGACACUGGAGGAAUACUCUUCUCCUAAGUCUACCCUGGACACUUUUUAGGGCGCCUCGAGAGAACUUUCCUCUCCACCAUGGCCCCUGUGUGGUGAAAAGCAAAAACAAUUGUUUGGGGAAAAAAAUUUAUUAAAAAAUUCUAUUAUUUUAUCU